AUGAAAUAGCUUCUCUUGCUCUCCUUACUUGCUUUUGCUGCCAUUGCUGAUUAUGAAUAUGAUGGUGAUGUCAUGGUACUCACAGAAGAAACAUUUGAUUAAGCCUUCAAUGAAUUCGAUUAUUUGAUGUUUGAAUUCUAUGCUCCUUGGUGUGGACAUUGCAAAGAACUCGCACCUAAAUAUGCUGAGGCUGCUACUGCUCUUAGACCUGAAGGAAUAGUUUUGGCCAAGAUCGAUGCAACAGUCCAAAAGAAAUUGGCUGAAAAGUAUGGAGUCAAAGGAUAUCCAACAAUCAAAUUCAGUGCCAAAUAAUCUGUUAAGGAUUUUGAAGGUGGUAGAACUGCUGAUGGUAUUAAGAAUUGGAUUUACAGUAAUCUUAAUCCAGAGAGUGAAUUAAUUGAGACUCUUGAAUAACUCAAUGAGGCAAUCGCUCAAAAUAAAGUUCAAUUUGUCUAUUUUGCAGAGGAAUAAAGUGAAAAGGAUAGAGAAUUGAGAAAAUACAAGGAAUUCUCAUUCACUAUGAAAUAGCAUUUUGCCCAUACAACAAGCAAAACAAUCAGAGAAGCACUCAACGUACCAAAAGGAACUUACUUUGUUGGAUUUAGAGAUCAAAAGCCUUAUUACUAUUAAGGAAAGCUAUCGUUCCCAAUCAUGAAAACCUUUGUAGAAAAUGUUGCUAACGAAAGAGUUCAAGCAUACUCUGAGAAGAAGGAAUUAUUAGAAGAAAGAAUGACAAAGAGCAAGCCUUUUGUUGUUGUCUUCACUGACGAAUCUGAAGUCUAAGUUGCUGCCUAAGCAUGGUCCUUCCAAGACGAAUUACUCUUCAUCAAGAAUGUUGAUGAAGAAUUCGCUAGAAAAAUCUAAGUCAGACCACAAGAUCAAAAGGGAGUUUUCAUCAUUAAGGGAGAUCAAAGAUACAAGAGAGUUGAAGGUUAAAGUGUUGGUGAUUUCUUGGAAGCCUUCCAAUCUGGAAAAGCUCACAAAUAUCUCAAAUCCUAAGCUGCUCCACAAUAACAAGGAUUGGUCAGAACCCUCAUCGGAGAUACUUAUGAUGAUACAAAAGCUGUUAAUGAUUCAGUAAUCUUAUACUUUGACUCUCAAAACGAAGAACACAAUGCAGUGCAAGAGCAAUUCUUGAAGGUGGCUGAAAGACUCCAAUAAAAUAAACAAUUGACUUUCAAUAAAAUCGAUUUGUCCUAAAAUGAAGUUAGUGAUUUAACAGAAUCCGUUGAAAUCGUUAAAAUUAGAUUAUACAAAAAUAACUAGCCAAUUAAAUUCGUAAUCAGAGCAAACAAAAUUCAAGAGGAAAGAUUUAUUAAAUGGAUUGUAGAUAACGCAGCUAGUAAGGUUGUUGAUCCAAAAGCUGAAUUAUGAUUUUGUGUAAAAUAACAUAAUAUAAUUAUUCCAUAUAGAAAA